AUGGCUCAGUUCAACUCAGUUUAUGUGUCCGUCGGCAUCCUGGGUAUUUUAGGAGGCUCUCUCCUGCUGCUGGUGAACAGCUAUGCCAGCACUCCUGAGAAAGACUUCAUCCCCCACACUGCACUGGGGAGUUUACUCCUCAUCACUGCUGCCCUGAUAGCUUACACAGGUGUCUGCCACAGUCUGUCCCACUCCCGACUGUUUUCCACUCUGUGUCUGACCGUCUCUGCGCUGUGGUGUGGGUCGGGUCUGGUCUACAUCCUGACAGGACAGAGAGUGUUGCCACUCACAGAGCUAAAAUCCUCUCUGAUUCCUGGCCUGGCAGCAUUUACCUUAGCCCUGUUCAUCAUUGGCACCGCAGCCCUCUUUGUGAAGAAACCAGUUCUCCUGGUCAUAGCUAUCAGCAUUUCCUUAGCCUGUGCCCAUCAAAUCGCUGGUCUGUCAGAUUCAGACUUCGGUCAGUCUGCCACAGCUGCAAACUACCUCCUUGUUUGUCUUGUGUGUGCCUAUUUUGGCUUUGGGCGUUUGCUGUACACCAUCACACAGGGCAAAGUGAAACCACCAGGAACAAUCAUGAAACAGAAAUCUGAACUGAAAACAGAGCAGAACCAGAGCUGCAGUGCUGUAAUUAGUGUAGGUUUGGUGAUGAACUUGCUAUCUGCCUCUGUAUUAGCCUGUCCCCUGGUAGGCGUGGUCCCCCAACUCUCUGUUGGACAUGUCCCCUGGCUCUGGACAGCUGGAGUCUUCCAGCUUGGCAUGUGUGUCCUCCUUUACCGAGCAAUGGACACACUCGCUGCGACUUUCUAUGGUUUUACAUCUUUGCUAAAAUUUGCUGAGGGUUACAGCGCUUUGUUAUCUUUGUACUCCAUUCAGCCGGUCUCCCCGGUUCCCUUCCCUGUUGUCUUUGCUGUUCUUUUCUCCGUCCUCGCGCUGUUCAGCUGUCAGAAGAGCUUGUUGGAUGGCCUCUACCAGUUAUUCUUUGUAGCCUAUUGUAUUUCCAUCGCAGCCCAACCUCAAAGCUUCUUCCAAGGUGGCACUCAGGGUGUACAAGGAGCUAUCUUUGUAGCUUCUGCUGGAGUGCUUUUUGUUACAACGUUCAACAUGGUCUCCAGUACCAAAAUUCCUACUGGGCAGGGACACUUCAAAGCUUUAGUAACUAGAAUUUGCAGUCUUACUCUCAGGGCUCUGGAUAAAGACCUGCAUACACCUCACCUUGGUUACUCCAAAUAUGCAGAUGCAGAAGUGCUGGGUCACGCCUGCAAUGUACUGGCAGCUUUUGCAAUCACAGCCACAAUUGGGGACAGGAAUCCUCUGACUGUGCUGGUUUUGCCCUGGGCAGUGAUGGCUGGUGGAGUGUUGCAGCUCCUGUGUGGUUCAGUGGCGUUUGCUCGGGGUAAAACUCUGGAGAGCACUGCCUUUAUUCUCUACGGGUUGAUGUGGACGGUGUGGGGGUUGACACGAUUUGGUGGUCUUUACAGUGAGACCAGAGGCUUCAAUGUCGCUGUUGGGAUUAUUGGUUUCAUGAUGUUUAAUUUCCUGUUAACAAUUGCAGCAUUAUUUCUUAAUGUUGCCUGGUUUGUUUAUGCAUUCACCUUCCAGCUCAUCCUCAUCAGCUUCCUGCUAGAUGCAAUUGGUGCACUGCCCUAUGGUUAUGAUAUUGGCGUCACAAUCAUCUUUGGUCUUGUCAGUUUUUACUGUUUCUUGGCGCACAUUUUCAACAGCACCUUCCAGUCUCCUCAGAUCCCCUUAGGAAGACCUUUAGUCAAUCUGGGUGGGGCUGGAGGAGGGGAAAGGGUCUGUCCGCAUGUACCAGCUCGCAAAGCAGCAUCAGUUCAACAAAUUGCAGAAAUCAUGAAAAAUGGAGGCAUAUGUGGAAUGCCAACUGACACUGUCUAUGUGCUGGUGGCUGCCUGCAACAGACCAGAUGCAGUUAUCAAAGCUUACAAAGUUAAGAAGCAGGCUGAGGACCGACCCAUGUCCAUGUGGAUCUCUUCUGUCAAGCAGCUGGAGCCUGUUAGACACCUGCUGAGUCCCCUGCUCCUGGACUUCAUGGAGGCUGCAUGGCCCUCCUCUAUCAGCAUGGUCAUCCCCAGAGGACCAUGGUUGGACAUAUUUGGUUUGGGAGAUGCUGCCAAACACAUCGGAACUCCACAAAGCAUUGCCAUCAGGAGCCCAGACUGUUCCGUAGCUACACAUCUGAUUAGUUUGGUGGGCCCAAUUGCAGUAACCUCAGCCAACCCAACAGGCGAGGCAGAUACAACUCACCAUAACCAGGUUUAUGCCAAACUGGGAAAAAAGGUUGAAGGAGUGUUGUGUGAUGGACCCUCCCCAGAGAAUAUUGCAUCUACUGUGGUUGACUGCACCAAGAUUGAAACUGGACACAUUGGUUUCUUCAGAGUGGGCCUCAUUCCAAAAUCAAAGGUUCUCCAAAUAUUUGAAGAGGUUCGAAAUCGGCACAGACAAGGGCAUACCAAUCCAGGAUUUGAAUACGAUGUAUCCCUUUAAGACAUGCAAAGAGAUCAAAGUCUAACAGACACAACAGUGUCAAAAAGGACCAGGAAACUUAAAAGCAUAGUUAUACAACCACAGAGUCAAGAAGUCAGGAAAUGCCUCAUAAUAGCCCCUUUUAGUGCUGCUUAUAAUGGUGGCUAGUGAUCAAGAGUCUGAUAAACAGAAAUAGCUGCUAAAUUACCUAAAGAAAUGUUGUAUAGUGUCUAAUGAUGUAUAAUAAUAACAGGCAACAUAAGUAAUUUAUUUUUUUUGUACUAAAUGUAAGUUUUGAUGCUUUUUAUGACAUUUUUGUCUCUCUUUA